AUGUACCCUAUGAAUCAGUGGGGAGGCGCUGGUACGCCUGGCUAUGGUCCGUACCAGCAGCCGCAGAUGACAGGACAGAUGCCUAUGUCGAUACAAAUGCCUAUGCAGAUGCAGGGGACAGGGAUGAAUGGUUCGAUGCCCAAUGCAUCGUUCAUUGCCCGGCCGGCAGCACCGCCACCACCUCCGUCGAUGGCGCCUGCCAUGACUGGAGCUAUGCGCCCGAUGAUGACACAGGCUACAGGUAUGCCGUCUAUGAUGGGGCAGCAGCCUACCGCUAUGUCUCCGAUGAUGAGCCAGCCCACAGGCUUAUCACCGAUGAUGGGACAACAGCCUACUGGUAUGCCGUCGAUGAUGGGGCAGCCCACUGGUAUGCCAGGCAUGACGAGCCAACCUACUGGUAUGCCCAUGGCGGCCCAAAUGACGGGUGUCUUUAGCGAUCCGCGUAUGCGUUUGAUGUAUACGCAGUUCCUGCCAGCGUCUCAACCUUAUUCUGGUGUGCCUAUGCCAUCUAAUAUGAAUUUCAACCAGGCGAGCAUGCAACCUGCUCAAUUCCAAAGCAAGCUGCAGACACUUACAUCACAGCAGCCUGGGCCAAAGAAGACCAAAAUUCCUUGGACUAUGACCAAGGAAGAGCGCAAGAGCUAUGAUAACAUCUUCCGUGCCUGGGACGCUAAGCGCACGGGCUGGAUCAGUGGCGAUGUCGCGCGCGAGCUGUUUGGACAAAGCGGCUUAUCGCGUGAGCAGUUACUUCAGAUCUGGCACUUGGCUGAUGCCGAGAAUCGUGGCAAGUUGAACAUCGCAGAGUUCCAUAUUGCGAUGGCCCUCAUUUACCGUGCGCUGAAUGGCAAUGAUAUUCCACAGGAACUGCCACAGGAACUGAUUCCUUCGUCUACACGGGAUCUGAGUGAUAGUGUUGACUUCUUGAAGGACUUGUUGAAGCAGGAUACGAAUGUGCGGAACGCCACGGCGCUCAACUUGGCAGAGCCCGGAUCGAACAAGGAUGCAAAGUACCACGAAACACGCUCAUUUUACCGCAACCCUGUGGAACGGGAAUCUGAUGCACCAAAACAGGAUGCCGUUGCUUAUAAGCAUCAAGAGUCCGAGUCGGCGGGCUACCGAAGCCGAAGCCGCUACCUAGACCGUCGUGAUGUCCGAUUUGAUGGCCAAAGUGCGGCUGAAGACUUGGGCGAAAUGAAGCGGCAGCUGGAAAAGACACAGCGCAUGCUAGAAGGCACGGACUUGAAUGAAGAAGAGGAUCAUGAUCUGCAAAAUGAGAUGGAAGAUGUGCGCUACGCUAUUCGGCGCUUGCAGGAUGAUAUUGAGUACUACAACCGUCGUGAUGGUGCUCAUGCUGGCGAACAGCGGCGCAAAGCGGAGCGUACAUUGAUGCAAUUGCUGCAUGAGCGCCUCCCACAACUGGAGAAGCGAUUGGAGCAGCACCAUGCGCGGACGCACAAGAAAGAUGUCGAGAAGCGCCAGCAACUGGACGCGCGCAACAAUGACAAAUAUGCGCAUCUCCGUGAUUCGACACCUGCCCCAUCGCCCGCCCCCACGGCGACAUCUGCCCCGGAUGCAGCAUCAGCGUCCACACCCAGCGUAAGUGCCACGCCCAAAUCAAGCACGUCUGGCACCUCUACACCCGGGGCCAAACUGACAGGAGCAGAGCGAGAAGCGUGGAUUCGUUCUGAGGCACAACGUCGUGUCCAGGAACGUAUGCGCAUGUUAGGCGUAGCUGGGCCUGUGGAUGCUGCGCCCAGUGUAGACACUACGGUGGAGCAGCGUCUCGCGAUGGAGCGUAGUGAAGCGGAAGCACGUGCCGCCAAAGCGGAUGAAGAGGCGAAAGCGCGUGAAGAAGCACGUAAAGCGCGGCUGCGGGAGCACAAACAAGCCCCGCCGCCGCCGUCGCGGACACGUGCGCCUCCGCCUGCUGUGCCUGCUCGAUCUACGCCUGAGAGCGAAGCACCCAAGCCGGUACCGCAGCCACACACAGAUUUGACGUCGACAGCGGGCACUGCGCCCGAGCCCACGACUGAGCCUGAACCGCCUCGGCCCUCCGAGCUGGAGGCUACGCCCGAGCCAAGUCCAGUGGAUGUUCAGGAACCAGACGUAGCUCGUGAGCAAACGCCUGUUGAUCCGCCGUCUUCGUCCAAGGCCGGCACGAAUCCCUUUUUCCGCAUGUCUACAGCGCCGCCGGCCGCAGCCUCGCCACCUGCGUCUGAACCCGAACCAAGUGGAGCCACACGUAGGGCGCCGCAGCCUACGUCGCUGCCACCGGCCCAGCGUUCUGCAACUGCGUCCACGCCUGCCUCACGUGCUAUCCAUCUUCCGCCCUCGCAUGAUGAGGAUUGGGAUGACGAGGACGACGAAUCGGAAGAUGAACACCCUCUGAGUUCGCGGGCCACACGCCAGCAUCUAGCCCAACAACUCUUCAGCGGUGUUGUACCUACAUCCGGCCCCGUCACACCGGAGGCCCACUCACCUGCUGUACCGCAGUCGCCAGCCCCCCGUGCGCCACCAGCGCCAACGACGCCAGCCCCUACGACUAGCAUGCCUCUUGGUGGUGGAGCAGGAGAUAGGAAUGCCCUUCUUUCCCAGAUUCGCGGAGGACAAACGCUGAAAAAGACAACUACGCGUGACCGAUCGGCUGCCAUGACAGCAGGCCAAGUACUAGGAUCGUCAUCACCACCGCCUGGUCUGUCCACUUCAUCGGUGCCCGAGCCAGAGAGCAGCGACGAUGAAGGCCCAGUGGCGGUAGAGGCGCAGGACGUACCAGGUGCCUUUGUCGACUCCACACCGGUGGCUGUACCUGAACCCGCACCACAAGCAGAGGCGACGGACGACACCCUUGGCUUUGAUAUGACGCGCACCGUUCAUGUGCGUAGCUUGUAUCCCUAUGAAGGUGGGGAAGGCAUGCUGGCCUUUGCUGAAAAUCAAGUAUUCUUGGUCCAUCCUACCUUGAAUGGUGAUAUGAUGGAUGGCGAUUGGACCUAUGGAGCCCUGCUUUCCGAUCCCACGAGAAAGGGAUUGAUCCCUGCGGCCUACGUUGCUCCUAUGGAGCAAGUUGUGGCAGCGGAAGCCUUGUACGACUACGAAGCCAGUUCUCCAGAAGAGGCAUCCUUUACCGAGGGUGAAGUGCUGCAGAUUGUUGAUCAAAGUGACCCAGACUGGUGGCUUGUUUUGCGCCAUGACAAGUGCCUUAUGGUCCCUUCGAACUAUGUAGCUGUUGCAUAA